AUGGCUGGCCAGCCAGUCAAAGAUCCAUCCAUAGCAGAGGCGUUACUACAACGCGCCCACCCCCUCGAGGCCGCCAACACUAUCUUCCGCGAGCGCGUUAAGCAACGACCUCUCCUGCUGCGGCCUUCGUCGCCAGAUCCGAAUCGCGACAGCCGAUCGAAGCGCCAGUAUGAACGUCUACAGAAAGAAAAGGCGCGGCGAAAGUCGAAGAAACCCAAGCCACUAUCCGCAAAGCAGAAGCGAGCGCUCUGCCUCUACGAGAUCCCCAAGGAGCAGCAGAAUUCUGGCGAUGACGGAAAGCCGGGCAGGACCUAUGUCGACGCAGCAAGUGCUGGACCGAUCUUGUCUUCGGCAGACUACCAUGGUGCGCUGGUUGAGGUUGUGCGAAGCAGAUGUGCGAGCAGGGUGGGGCUGGUGGGCAUAGUGGUGAAGGAUACGAAGUUCACGUUUGAGCUUGUCACGAGGAAGGAUGUGCUGAAGACGGUGCCGAAGGAGCACACCGUCUUCCGAUUCAGCAUUUCCUUUGAGGGCGAGGGAGCGACAGGAGGGAGCAGCGAGGAGGCUUCGGAGAGACGGCCACUGGUCUUUGAGAUCUACGGCAGCCAGUUCGAGACGCGGGCGCCGGACAGGGCCAAUAAGAAGUUCAGGCUGCAUCUUGACCCGGAUCUAUGA